AUGGUAUCGUCACGUGUAGCCGCAAAGGAAACAUCACACCAACGAACGAUUACACGACCUGGGGAUUCCAAUGGCACAUUUGUUUCUUCACUUCAUGAAAGAUGCGGCGGUUAUCCCCCCGAUUCGGAGUGUUCAGAUGUCAAAGAAUUCCUCUCAAUUCUCGACACCCGAUGUAUAGAAAUUGUUUCUCGUUUUUCUGUUUCUGUGGUUCGAAGUUGUGAUCACUGUGAAGCUUCGUGUGAUCUAUGCUGUACAUUCCCAGUAAUUUAUGCAAUUCUCCGACUGCGAUUAACGAAAAACCCCUGUUAUCAGAUCAUGUUAACAAUAGUUUUCGCCGACAUGCUUAAUCUUUUGGCGAAUUCCCUAUUUGCCGGAUAUUUGAUGUUGAUUGGAGCCGUUUUUUGCAUGGAUCCAUUGUUUAUGUACAUCGAGGGAGCCUUUAAUAUGUGUGCUUGGGCAUUCGCCUCAUUUCUCUAUGUUGUACUGGCUCUGAAUCGUUUUAUUGUCAUCGCUGGCUCGGAUACGAUUGCGCAAAACGUUGUGAGAAUCCCGAUUCAUUUCUGGCUUUUCUUAGCUGUGACAUGGAGUGUCUAUACGGGAAUUCUCCACAAACCACUCACCUACAAUUCACGAGCCUUUCUUGCCUAUUACAAUCCAUUCAUUGAAGAACAUGUUAUAGAGUUGGAGAAAUACGAGAAUCGAAUGCACGCUUUGAAUAAUGUCAUCUUUUCAAUCCUCAUUUGUUUCUUUUACUCGAUGAUCUCACUGAUUUUGUUGUGCGGAAAACGGCCAAAGAAGUUUUCGGCAAGAGAAAGAAAUGCUUUAAUCCAGGCUUUCUUCAUCACUUGUCCAGCGAUGCUCGGCUCAAUUCUUUAUGUUUACAUUCAAUUCACUAAUAAAGCCACUCAAGGAUGGGCGAUUCUUGGGCAAUUCAUGUGGCAGACGAUUACAGGAACUGGUGCAAUCAUUUAUCUCACGUUGAACUCAAGUGUCCGUGAUUUUCUCUUUUACUCUGCAACUCCUUCACAAGCUGCGGGAAAUGACAGUCGAACCAAGCAAAAUAGUGGAAUGAGUAAAUCAAAAGAAGAGAUACAAAAUAGUGGGAUGAUUGUUUUUAAU